AUAGAAUUAAAAUUCAGACAUAAAUCUGUCAGGGAUAAAAAAGAUAACGGCACUUUUUAGAGAGAAACAGUUUUAUAAUGUCCUGAAAGUGAAGCUGGGAUCUGAAUGGAACAAGCUUCAAACUGGGCAUGUGCAGACCCUGCUGUCUCCUGUAUUUAAAUGGAAGCCACUGCUGCUGCCCUUUGCUGAGCUGAGGAUGGAGCAAAGCAAUCUGGAGCUCUGGUGAGAUCCCACAUUAUUCCACAGAAUCUGACAAUCUUCUUUACACCCACAAAGGUAAACUGUCUGAAUUAAAUUCAGAGGAAAGCUGUUAUUUCAUUGUAAUUGCUUAGAUUUUGUUGACCUGAAUAAUCCACCUGUUCAGAGGGGGUCUCUUGUCCCCCUGGGGACUCAACAGCCACCAACAUUGUGGAGUCCUUCAAUGCAUGGAAUGACUCGGAAGCCAACACCUACACACUGAUGGACCUGCUUCCUAGAGCCCCAACUAAGAUGACAGUGCAAGAUGUUCCUGGUGUCUUUCCUACAGUGGAUGUCCCAGACCACGCCCAUUAUACAAUCGGAGUGGUCAUUCUUAUCGUGGGGAUCACAGGAACUCUGGGUAAUUUCCUGGUCAUCUAUGCUUUCUGCAGGAGUAGGAGCCUUCAGACUCCAGCCAACGUGUUCAUCAUCAAUCUAGCUAUUAGUGACUUCCUGAUGUCCAUUACACAGUCUCCAGUUUUUUUCACCAACAGCCUCCACAAACGCUGGAUCUUUGGUGAGAAAGGCUGUGAGCUGUAUGCCUUCUGCGGAGCUCUUUUUGGCAUUACAUCUAUGAUCACUUUGAUGGUGAUUGCCUUGGACAGAUAUUUUGUCAUCACAAAACCUCUGGCUUCUGUUGGAGUGACAUCUAAGAAGAAGGCCCUAAUAAUCCUGGUAGGAGUCUGGCUGUACUCCUUGGCUUGGAGCCUCCCGCCCUUCUUUGGAUGGAGUGCAUAUGUACCUGAGGGUCUGCUGACUUCCUGCUCCUGGGACUACAUGACUUUCACACCAUCAGUCCGUGCCUACACGAUGCUGCUUUUCUGCUUUGUCUUUUUCAUUCCUUUGAUUGCUAUCAUAUACAGCUACGUUUUUAUAUUUCAGGCUGUCAAGAAGGCCAACAGGUCUAUUCAGACAUUUGGAUGCAAACAUGGAAAUAAAGAGUUCCAGAAACAGUAUCAGAGGAUGAAAAAUGAGUGGAAGAUGGCCAAAAUUGCUCUGAUUGUCAUCUUGCUUUAUGUCAUUUCCUGGUCACCAUACUCUGUUGUUGCUCUGGUAGCUUUUGCUGGGUAUGCCCAUAUCCUAACACCCUUCAUGAACUCCAUACCAGCUGUGAUUGCCAAAGCUUCUGUCAUCCACAACCCCAUCAUUUAUGCCAUCACGCAUCCCAAAUACAGAGCAGCCAUUGCAACAUAUGUUCCUUGCCUUGGAUUCCUGCUGAGAGUUUCUCCUGAAGACUCACGGUCUUUCAGCAGUUAUCCCUCCUCCAGACGAGCGACGGUAUCCAGCCAAUCUUCUGAGAUAAGUGGGCUGCAGAAAGGAAAAAGGCGACUGUCUUCUCUCUCUGACAGUGAAUCACGCAUCCUGUGGAGGAAAGAAGAAAAAGGCUGUACUGACACAGAAACUGAUACCCCCACUAUGUUCUCCAGACUUGCUAGCAGGCAGACCUCCUAUGAAACGGUCAAAGACACAACUCAAACUACUGACGUAAGAGCCAAACCUAAAUGGAAGAGCCACGACUCUGGGAUUUGUGAGAAGACAGCUGUAGAGGUUGAUGACAUAUCCAUGGUGGAAUUGAAUGCUACAGAGCACACUGCUACUCUUAGUCACCAGACAUCUAAAAAAUGCAACCUGGAGGAAGUCAAAAAAAGUGAGAGCCUGAAUAGUAUUGGACAAAGAAAAGGAGAGUCUCACCACAGACCAUCUGCAGCCCAGAUUCCUAGCAUUACAAUAACAUACAGCAACGUUCAAGGAGUAGAGCUACCUUCUGGAUACAACUCUGAUUUCCUGUACCCCAAGAUCAACAGCCACAAGCAGACCAAGAAAUCCAACAGCUGAGUGAUACAAGCUAAAACGUCACUUUAGCCAACACCUCAAGAACAACUACAAACCAGAUGAAUCCAGAAUACCUUCCUGAAUUGCCGAAACGCUCCUACAAAGAUAUGACAUAAGACAAGCAGGGAUAAAAGCAAGGGGAGUAAGCUUUUCAGCAUCAGAACUCUAUCAAGUGUUUCACUUCUUGAUCCGAGUCACCUUGAUAUUUUAUUCUCUCUUCUUUAUGCAGCUCAUGAAACAAAUUCUUCCACUUGGAUUUUACUAUGCUCAGGUAUAUUCCACCACUGCAUGGAUCCUACCUACAAGCCUCCUAGGAUUAACUGGAGAAGGAAAGGAACUAUGAGAUUAAAAAUGUGUUUGUUCACUUAGUGUGGUUUAACUUCAAAGCUAUUACAGAACUAAACUGGAGAGAUUUGGGGAAAAACAUACGUUGCUUCCUGAAGACAGUUUCCCCAUUAGAGUGAAUUUCCUCAACCAAAUGAAAAUUUAGUCACACAGUCAAUGCUCCCGUCUCUCAUUCAUGAUGCACUUUCCCUCCUGUUCUCCUGCACAUGAGCAGUAAAGUCAAGUGUUAGAUAUUUACUUUAAUUUCUGAGGUUCUGGGGGAGAGAAAGGAAUAACACUGAGGAUGAGGCUAUGGUCCUUCUCAUACUUAGCUGCUUUUCCCAACAGUCACUUAAGGGACCAGUCUAACCCACUCUUAGCUAACCUCCCCAGAGUGACAGGAAAGUAUUGAGAAACCUUUCUGUCUUUCCUUUAAUGGUUUUCAUGAGAAAAAUGCAGAAUUCAAAGCAAUGUUUAUACCAAAAUGUCUUGUGCGUAAGUCAAUACAUGUCUUCUUUUACUUCAAAGGGUUUUACCUUUAGACGUGCUUUUCUAAAGUAAAUCUUGCAGAAGUGUUAUUUCUCAAAAAUCAGUUGUUCUAGAGAUGUGUGGAAUCCACAUCAUUUCCACUUUAGCAUUUCAAUAGAAAGGAGAUGGAAAGGAGCUGUUACAGUUAUUGCCUUCACCUACCACAACCGGAUAUUGUCUCCAGGCAGAGGACAAUAUUAAAUUGAUAAUACAUACAGCUAGCAAUAAGGAGAAAGAAAGCAGCAGAUAUAUCAUCUUUAAAUGGGAAGUAUAUUCAAAGAUAUUCAUCAGAUCUAAGGAAUUUUUUAUGACUUAUUUCUUAAGCUUUUAAAAUUAUUUAAAAACACAAAGCAUGUCAUUCUUCCCAUCCUUUGUCAUGAAGGCCACUCAUUCACAAUAGCAAAAACUAGGAUCAAAUACUAGAGAAAGCUGCCCAUUUCAUACAGGUCACAAAAGGCUGAACCUGUCAAGAUAACAGGUCAAAAUUGACACAUGCUGUUCCAUGUGUUAAUAAGAAGUGCAUGGUAUGUGUCCUUAAGAGCUACAGCCUUUGCUCCUGUAAUGAUUUUGUUCCCAAAUAGUAUUUUUGAAGACUAUAUUCUGCACUCUUCUGCAUUCCCUUCCACUUUUAGAGGGUAUAAAAAGAAUACUUCCAUGGCUAGAAAAGCCUUACGCAUCCGCAGCAUGUUGUUCUCCAUAUACUAGAGAUUAGUUUGUAUCUAUAAAAAGAACUACAGCUGUUUGUGCUUGUCUACUUACAAGAGGCUUGAAAACCACAUAUUAAUUAGGGAGAAUUUGUUUGGGAGCACUUCGAAACUCUCAUGUGUACUCCCUGUGUAACUAACAGCUUUGCCUUCCCUAUACCUCUACUGAGACUAUAAAAAUCAUUCAGGGGGAAGCCUACAAAAUCCAUUUUACCUGAAUAUCUAAUUGAUUCACAUUGUAACCCCAGCGGCAUUUGGAAUAAAUCACUAAUAGUCCCUAUUUCAUCUCAUCAUAGCAGCUUUAUUUGUGUCCCGUAUCCUCUACUUGGCAGCCAUUCUUUCCGCUUUGCUGUCUCUUUACACCCUUUAACACAGAUGACUGAUUGGAUUAAAAUAAUUUAGGACUGAGAUGAUUCACGCUUCAGUUAAAGUCAGCUGCACAAUCUGUUCUGCACUGGAGACUGCCUGUAGCUCACCAUGCACUUGGGGAUGUUCCAGUGACUUGGAGGUGUGAAAGGACUGAGGCAAAACGGAGACACUUCCCCUUGGCCUUUGGUGCUGCAGCAGCAAGCAGUGCUGUGAGUUAACAGACAAGUUAUUCAUCUCUGUGGGCCUGAGCUCAAAUUCAAACUUAGGUCACAAGUGAAAACGUUUGCUCUGAUCAUCCAAGAAAUUGGUCACUGUUGGUGGUCCUUCAAAGCAGAUGCCAGGAGCCAGGGUAGUUUUUGGGCCAUUGCAAGUCAAGACAGAAGCACUACAUAAGGCAGCGAUCACAAGCUUCCCGCUUUUUGAGUUUUCACAUUCAGCCAGGGAUCUUAGUCACUAUGGUUUGUAGGUUACAGCCUCAUUUUCCACACUUCCGGAAUCUGUUUUGCAUCCACCACUAUACCACAAUGCAUCAUCACAGCAUGUGACAUUGAGUAAAUUUUCACAUAUUUUCAGGUAAGAUAGAGAAGCAAAGUGUCAUACGCAAAUCCAACAGAAACCUUGAUAUUCAGAAAAAACCAAAAGCACCUCCAAUGCUUUUGGGCAUUUCUACAGCUCUUUAGAGACCAACACAGGUAAGCUGGACGUGUCCCCAUUCUCCUCAGUGGCCACAAAGACGCACCUCCCAUACAAGGACAGUCUGAGAGAGUUGGGGUUGCUCAUCCUGGAGAAGAGAAGGCUCUGGUAAGUCCUUACAGCAGCCUUCAAGUGCUUAAAGGAGGCUACAGGAAAGCCAGGAAAGGCCUCUUGAUCAGAGAGCGCAGGGAUAGGAUGAGGGGGAAUGGUUUUAAGGUGAAAGAGGGGAGAUUCAAAUGAGAUAUUAAGAAGUUUUUUCCUGUGAGGGUGGCGAGGCACCCAGGUUACCCAGGGAAGCUAUGGCUGCCCCAUCCCUACAGGUGUUUUAAGGCCAGGUUGGAUGGGGCUUUGAGCAACCUGAUCCAGUGGGAGGUGUCCCUGUCCAUGGCAGGAGGAGGAUUGAACUGGAUGAUCUUUAAAGUCCCUUCCAACACAAACCAUUCUAUGAUUCCAUGGUCUUUUACUUAAGCCAUUCCAAGAAGUCCUGCAAUGUGGCCCUCAUGCUCUGAUCCCACAGUGAAAGGUACUGCCGUCGCAGUAAUUCUGACAGGGCAUCUGUUUCUCUCUGCUUCUGAAACCACCAUUUCCACAUGGCUCAACUGAGAGAGGGCUCUUAACUGCAAAGGAAUGUUAGUAUCAGACAACAGUAUUUCAGGAGCUAGGCAACAGGUUUCGCAGUUCAAAUACUUGUGCUCGUAGCCUUGCAGUUGAUACCAUCAUAAGAAUGGGAGGAGUCCCAUCUUAUAAAUAGGUUUAUACAAAAGCAGUCUUAGAAUAAAGAAAUAAAUCAUCAGUACUGAAAUUCCUAGCAACCCAAGAUAUGGGCCACAAUCCCAUACACUGCACAUUUCAGGUAGAACAAAGAUUAUAUAACUUCUUUACCCCGUUAAGUUUACUGUCUAUAUGCUCACUUUCAAACUCCAGCAAAGCUUGCAGUUGUCAGGAUAAGUUGUCCUAUUUACAGCCCUUCUAAGUUCUUCUUGUUUUCAGCUGGCUUUGAAUACUUAAAAGCUGGAUAAAGAGGGAUUUUAUCCUUUGUACUGUAGACAGUUGCAAAGUGUGGCUCUUUGCUGUACUGCUAACAGAAAUGGAUUUUUUAAAAAAACAAAAACAACCUAAAAGUAGAUUGCAUAGAGGUGGUUAUUGGUCUCUUCUCCCAAGUGAUAGGUCAAGAGGGAAUAGCCUUAAGCUGCAUCAGGGGAAACUUAGGUUGGAUAUUAGGAAAAAAUUCUUCACAGAAAGGGCUAUCAAGCACUGCCCAGGGAGGUUCAGUCACCAUCCUGAAAGUGUUUAAGAGGCAGGUAGACAAGGUGCCUGGGGACACGAUUUAGUAGUAGACAGGUACGGUUGCAGUCAAUGAUCUCCAAGGUCUUUUCCAACCUAACGAUUCUACGAUAGUAGGCUGAAGAAAUCAUCAAUGUAAGCUUAAUGAAGCCAGAAGAGUUUCUCUAGAGCUAAUCCAGCCUCAAUGGUCUAAGACAAAGCACAAAUAGUAGUAAGAAGUCGGUGGGAGGUUGUAGGAAAACAGUUCUUUAAUUACCACAGUCCUGGCAGCAGCAAGGUUCUGCUGGAGCCACACCACAGGAACUCUGCGUACCUGGCUCACAAAUCAAAGUGAAUGCUGCAAGAGUCACGUCAGCGUAGGAAAACACUAGUACAUUUUCCAAGCACUGGUAUCACCUCAUUGUGUAUAGAGAUGUCAUGAUCUUGUGAUACUGGACUACAAAGCUGGCAUCACACAGUGGCUGGCUGGCAUAUUACCUGCAAAAACUUUUCAGAUAAGACAUAGGCUCUCAAGAAUAUGAUUCAUCUGAAAAUGAGGGUAAACAGUAGGACCAGUAGAAGAAUGGAAAGGGAUUCAUCCCUCUUUACAGUAAACUUUUCCUCCCUGUCCUUCUGGGUUUGUUUGGCUUUAUUUAUUUUUAAACUUACACAAAGAGCAGAUGCAGAUAUAGUACUAAAGAUUUUUUUAUUACUUCCAGGAAAAUUUUAACCAACUCUUGCCAAGGAGACUUUCAGACCCACUUUCAGUUGGGCUACUACAAUACACACUCAGUCAUAAUCCACGAAACCUCUGACUGAGAGGCACAGAAAUUCACAGCAAAACCAGGCCAAGUUGUUUCUGUGAUGCUGACUGUAACUUGAAAGAUAAGUAGAUCUGUACAAACACUCUUUUUAACUUCAUCAGGCUUGAGUCAAGUCUUAGGUCUGGUCUAGAACAGUGUGACUGCAGCUCAGGUUAAACUGUCUCAGUACACAAAGACAGUUAAAACCUGAAAGGAAAGCUCAUUGGGUGCCUCUGAGUCCAUUAUUGUUUGGUAUUUUCAUUUAUGGAGUCAUAUGCGAUUUUCUAAUGUUAGUUUGUCCUGGAGGCAAUUAUCACCUACAGUAAUGGGAAAUGUUAUGAUAGCACAUUGCAGUAUAUGUUUCAUUAUAUAAAUUCCUGUUUCUUUCUUCCCACAAAGAAUCUGCUCGCUGCAUUAUCAGCCAACUUGAGCAUUCUACCUUGUUAUGAAUCAUUACCUUCAGCCACUAAGAAAAUGAACAUGACACGUAUGUGAAAAAAGUUGCUAAGGGGAACUUUUGCAAAGCAUGGUUUACCCACAAUGUAAAAACAAAGCCAUUAUUAAUUUUCCUCAGCUUUUAGACCUCACUGUGACUUCCACAUGUGUACAAGAAGAUGGUUCAGAAAGAGACACAAAAAUCUGAGACUACAUCAUUAGACAGCACAAGCUCUCCCAUGUAAAAUUCCAUAAUGGACAUUCCUGAAUAGGCCAUGGGACACUUACAUGUUUUCCACUGAUUCAAGAAACAGAAUGGAAAAUCCAUACCCUUCUACACAUUGCCAUGCCUGAAGGGUCACACAGGAGGAAACUGCAUCUCUAAUGCAGUUCCUUCAAAAGAUGCAGUACUUUAAAAAUGCAUUACACUUGCCCAGAUGCACCCUUUCAAUUAGUAUAAUUGAUUCUUAUAAAGCUUUUCAGAUGUCUAAAGUUAAUGACGUGCAUAAGCAUUUACUCAGGACACACAAUUGACAUGAAAGAGUUAAGAGUAUGUCAGGUCAGUACUAAAAGUUAAUGAAUUUUAAAAAUAUUUUUCCAGUCUAGUAUUUGCUUCUAACUCCAUGGAAUUGUACUUUUAUGAAAUCUCCUAAGUUUCACAUAUUUUAAAGCCAAGGUUAGUACUGACAGAUGAGCUGAGCCUCAAACUGUAUUGUUAUUAGGCCUCCUGUGAUUUGAUGUAUCUGGUAUAGCAAACCCCUACAAAGAUGAGGAAGAACAGCCCUGAGAAAUAUGCACAAAAGUUGGAAAGAGAAAUUAAAGAUUGUGUUUCGGGGUUUUUCUUCCACAACUUCUCUGUGACCUUAGGAAAACUACUUAAUCUUCCCCUAUCUCAGUAUUUCUACCUAUAAAACAAAGAACAUAUGCUCUUCAUCGUCAUGAGGCGACUCUCAACUAGUUUUUGCACUUUGUUCCAAGAUUCACCACUGGAAACAAAAAUUUCUUUUUUCCACUAGUCACAUUUUCUUCCUUUGCUGCAUGAUUAUCGAAAAGCCUAAACUAUAUUCUUACAUAUGACAGUCAGAGAUUGUAACUGAAGUGGAGCAGGGACACCUAGUAAUUAAUUUUCUCCAUGGCAGUUACUCACAGAAAUAUAGUAAGUUACAGACACCCAUCAAGCUGACUUCUGUUACCACUUACAGGUAUAUUUUAUUUUGUAACAUAAGUCAAGUAGAAGCAAGCACUUUAAUGGUAAAAUUUAACUAA